CCCCUGUCCACGCCAAUCGCUCUCUCUCGGACAUUCUCGCUCUUUGACCUGACUGGUCUCUUGGUUUCUGUCCUGGUGGAUCCGGCUAUGUUGCCGGCGCAGCUUUACAUACAGCGAUGAGACGAGGCGACGGCGCAUGAUUCGCACUGUGUUUAGGAAACAGCCUUGAUAGUGGUCCUCGCGACACACGCGCAGAGUCUAUAUUCCCCCAUAUUCAACUCGACACCAUGGCGACACCGUCAUCCAGGCCGAAUCCCGGCGCAACUCCCACCCAUCUGACUUCCUCCCCACGUCCCACGGGCCCCCUACCUCGCCCCGCUUCGCACAAGUCCCCGUCAACACGGACUCCUUCCGCCUUCCAAGGACCACCGCCGUCCUCAAAUCACCUUUAUGCGACACCCCUGGUCGCCGCAGGGGGCGUCAUCGACGACCCCGUCACCUUCAGCUCGCCGUCCGCGCUCCUAGCGCUGAGCGGAUACGCGGGUAUCACACCCUCGCCGGCCGGCCAUGACGGGCUGGUGGCAGCGACGGGGAUGAACGAGAGCGACAUUCAAGCGCUGGGCAUACACGGCCUGAAACUGGGCGGUCCGCGCGACAGCGACGAGGAGCGGCGGCGGAACAUCGACCACGUCGUGCAGCUGCUACGCACGCGGGUGGCGGGCCGGGGUGUGUGUCGGGAGGGUAUCGAGCGACUAGGCCAGCUGGAGGGCUUCGAGUCGAUCUGGCAGGAAGAUAGCUUGAAUAUCGCGGGCAAUUUCGUGGACUUGGAGAUCGAGUUCCACCGGAGAGAGAAUACCGUUAUGGACGUUAGCUUGAAGUACGCGACGCCUGAGGCGACAGAAGGGGAGAGUCGCGAGGAGGCGACCGCUGUGUUGAAGCGGGGCCUCAUACAGCCGUCUGAGGACGGGGAGCGCGGGGCUUGGAAGUCCCUUGCGGGGUUCCAUGAGAAUCUGCAGUGGCUGGCUCGGCAUGACCGGCUCAGUCAGGAGGUCAAUUGCUUCGAGGCGAUCGAGGGGCUUUACGAGAGCUUGCGGCGGGUGUGGGAUGCCGAGGGGAGCCAGGGCAAAAUUCCGGGGGUCUACGAACGUUUAUGUCAAGCGAGUGUUGGCCGCCCGUUCCUCCACCAGGAAGGCCGGAUAGGGCUGGGACUGGAUUACUGGGUGUGGCAGGCACGCGUCGUGGACGCUCAGUGCAAAAAGAGCAAGGGGUCGGAUGACAUGGAGAUCGACCAGUCGGACGAUGCCCCGGAGUCGCUCAAGGGAAGGUGGAGCGUCGCCGUCGAGUGCGAGGAGGGCUAUCCGUCGCUCCGGGUGUCGAAGGACUGGGUUGGGCCGGAGCCGUUAACGCGGGUUGACAACGCCGCAGACGAGCCCGACAUGGUAGUGAACUGGACGGACCCCCCAGCGACAAUCGCAACCAACAGCCAGGGCCAUCCGGAUGCCAUGGCACUCGACGCGAACAUGCUAGGAUCGGCACCCAACCGGCGGUUCGUCGCGCGGCUGGAGCCCCCGCUCGACGUGCCCAUCAUCGUCGGCUCAGACAUCUACCGACAGCUUGGAUUCGACAUCCCGCAGGAGUUCCGGGUAGUCACGUACGACGGCAUCACAUACGAUGGGCUACUGGCCCCGGGGUGGUCACCCGUGUCCGCCGCGACGGCCAUGGGUCUGGGUCUCGAGGACGCGUACCAGCUGGGCCGAAAGCGGCGGCGUAUGUCGGUGUCUGCCGUGGACGUGGACGGGAAGCCAUACAAGAAGUGGCACACCUACACGUUCCAGCCUUUUGAGUCCACGCAGGGCCGAACAAUCCGGGAUAUUGUCUUUGCGCAUCCGCGCCAGCUUGCGGAGAUUUUCCCGGUUCUGCGCCAAUACGCAUCCCUCGCCAACAUGAUCCGCUCCAUCUUCAACAACGACCGCCCGGAGGAGAUCCAGCAAGAGUCUCCCAAUGGCUUCCCGUCCCCGAAGGGGUCCGAGAAUCCCUCAGACACCAAGACCACGAACACCGUCCUCAGCAACGACGACCCCAACGAGCUAAAGCUCAAUUGGCUCCUGAAUUGGGCCAACAGCAGCAGCAGCAGCGACACCCUCACCAACACCGACAACCACACCACCCCCGCCGAGACUCCCCGCAAGGGAGACACCAACAACACCAACAACGACGUCAAAGUCGACGUAACCCUCCGAACCCAACUCUCCCACCCACCCGUCAUCAUGCUCCUCUUCACCGUAACCGACACCCAGCUCGGCCUCCCCACCAGCGCCAGCGGCACCACCCCGCGAAAGGUAUCCAUCAGCCUAGAAGUCGGCCUCAACGGACGGAUCGCAGUCGUCGACAUGGCCGGAUUACUCGAGGAUUCUCCCACACCAGAAGACUCCAACGACGCUGAUGCCACCGCCGACACCAUCACCGACGAGGCAAUCCAACUACAGCGCCAAAUGGCGCACGUGCUAGAAAUCUCGCAGGACAUCGGGGUCCUGGCUUCUGAAUCAACAACCGUCUCCAACACGGAGAAUCUCAUGAAAUACAUGAACCUUGACCAGCGUGGUAAGGUUCAGGCGGAGUACGUCUGGAUUGACGCCAACGGUGGCUGCCGCAGCAAGACCAAGACUCUCUCCAAGCCCGUCCAGUGUGUCGACGAACUUCCCGAGUGGAACUUCGACGGCUCGUCAACUGCCCAGGCCCCCGGUGACAACUCCGAUGUCUACCUGCGCCCCGUCGCCAUCUACCCCGAUCCCUUCCGUCUCGGUGACAACAUCCUCGUCCUCUGUGAGACCUGGGAUUCCGACGGAACCCCCAACAAGUUCAACUACCGUCAUGAUGCCAACCGGUUGAUGGAGACCCACGCCAAGGAGGAGUUCUGGUUCGGUCUGGAGCAGGAGUACACCCUUCUCGGCAACGAUGGCUGGCCCUACGGCUGGCCCAAGGGUGGUUUCCCCGGCGCCCAGGGCCCCUACUACUGCGGUGUGGGUACCGGCAAGGUCUAUUGCCGUGACAUCGUCGAGGCCCACUACCGCGCCUGCUUGUACGCCGGCAUCAAGAUCUCCGGUGUCAACGCCGAGGUCAUGCCCUCCCAGUGGGAGUACCAGGUUGGCCCCUGUGACGGAAUCGAGAUGGGUGACCAGCUGUGGAUGUCCCGAUUCAUGCUGCACCGUGUUGCCGAGGAGUUCGGUGUCCGGAUCUCCUUCGAGCCCAAGCCCAUCAAGGGUGAGUGGAACGGCGCCGGUCUUCACACCAACGUGUCGUCGGAGUCGAUGCGUUCCGAGGGCGGUAUGAAGGUCAUCGAGGCCUGCAUGAAGAAGCUGGAGGCGCGUCACGUCGAACACAUCGCCGUCUACGGAGAGGGCAACGAGGAGCGUCUGACCGGCCGUCAUGAGACCGGGGAUAUUGACAAGUUCAGCUAUGGUGUCGCCGACCGUGGUGGCAGCAUCCGUAUUCCCCGCCAGACGGCCAAGGAUGGCAAGGGUUAUUUCGAAGACCGCCGUCCGGCCAGUAACGCCUGCCCCUACCAGAUCACUGGUAUCAUCGUUGAGACUCUCUGCGGUGGUGUUUAGAUCGUGUUUUGUUUUAGCGCUCGUAUACCCUCCGGCGUCAGGGAGUGGACAGAGCAGCCUGGUCGGUUGAACGGGAGCCAGGGUGUCUUGCGUUCGUAUCCCGUGCUUUGCAUCAGUUUUUCCCUUUUCAUCCUUUCUUUCUGUGGUUAUGUGUUAUGUCAAUAGAAGAGGCCGACGGCCGUGGAGUGGGAGGAUAGUACUAGUGUAUUCAAUCACUCGUUGAUUACGCCC